AUGGCGAUCACCAGGACGCUGCACGAGGGAUGGAGCUUCACGCAGGUCGGCAGCGCUAACUGGAAUGGCGCGGUCAAGGCGGGAGAGUGGUUGCCUGUGCAUGAGUUUCCGACGACAGUGCAUGUCGAACUGCUGAAGCAUAAGCGGAUCCCGGACCCAUUCGUGGGUUUGCAUGAGUGGGACGUGCAAUGGGUUGGCGAGGAACCUUGGGAGUUCAAGACCGAGUUCACUGUCUAUCCGUCUGAAAUCGCCUCGCCGUGUGCGGAUCUCGUCUUUGAUGGCUUGGACACUUUCGCGACAGUCACUCUGAACGAGCACAAAAUCCUGGAAACGGACAAUCAAUUCAUCGGUCACCGCGUGUCCGUCAAGCAGUAUCUUGUCCAAGGAAAGAACGAGUUGUCCAUCGUCUUCGCGAGCGCAUUUCGCAAGGGGAGGGAGAUCGAGAAGGCUCACGAGAAGUACAAGUUGUGGAACGGUGAUUCCAGCCGCCUCCAUGUCCGCAAAGCGCAGUACAACUACGGGUGGGACUGGGGCUCAGUACUCAUGACGGUCGGCCCUUGGAAGCCUAUUGCACUCUCGGCCUACGUGUCCCGCAUCACCGAUGUCGACAUUCGCGCGCGCGUCUCUGCCGAUCUCUCCGCAACGCUCGACGUGCGCUUUGCCUUGUCGCGUGACGACCACAACAUCGCAUCCGUGAACCUACGCGCGCCUGACGGCGCGCUCGUCACGAGUCAGAGCAGCGUACGCGUUCACAAGUCCGAAGCACAUGCGCACUUCAAGCUGACCAAGGGUACGUACGAGCUGUGGUAUCCCGUCGGUUAUGGGCGGCAGGCCAUGUAUACAGUCGAGGUCGAGGUGCGGGACCAGAACGGCGGCGUGCUCGACUACAAGUUCCAAAAGAUCGGGUUCCGACGGGUGAGGGUCAUCCAAGAUGAGCUCCUGGACCAAGAGGGACGCACGUUCCUUUUCGAGAUCAACAACAUCAGGGUCUUCUGCGGAGGUUCAAACUGGAUCCCGGCGGAUUCUUUCCUGACCACGAUGACUCGCGAGCGCUACCAAGCGUGGCUGCAACUGCUCGUAGAUGGGAAUCAGAACAUGGUCCGCGUGUGGGGAGGCGGCGUCUAUGAGGCGGAUGACUUCUACGACAUCUGUGAUGAAUUGGGCAUCCUGGUAUGGCAGGAUUUUAUGUUCGGCUGUGGUCAAUACCCCGCGUACGAAACAUUCACGAAGUCUGUCGAGCUCGAGGCAGAACAGAAUGUCAAGCGGAUGAGGCACCAUCCAUCCGUUGUCAUCUUCGCGGGGAACAAUGAAGAUUACCAGCUCGCGGAGGCAAACCACCUCGACCUGGAUUACUCCGACGAGAAGUCGGACUUUCGCAAGACCAACUUCCCGGCGCGAUACAUCUACGAACGGCUGCUGCCCGCGGUGGUCGAGCGAUUAUGCGACGUGCAUUAUCAUCGCAGCUCGCCAUACAGCGGGUUUGGAAAACCGACAACGGAUAGGAACUACGGUGACCUGCAUCAAUGGAACGUCUGGCAUGGUUCGCAGGAGCCGUGGCAUCAUUGGGACAUAUUGUCAGGCCGGUUUGUGUCAGAAUUCGGCAUGGAGGCCUACCCUAACAUCCGCACCGUCGAUUACUGGCUCGGCGGAAAUGCGUCUGAGAGAUAUCCUCAGUCCAGGACAAUGAAUAACCACAACAAAGCGGACGGAUUUGAGAGGAGGCUGGAGCUUUACCUAGUGGAAAAUUUCAAACACUCAUUCGAAAUUGAAAACUAUGUGUACUACACCCAGAUCAUGCAAGCCGAGACCCUUGCUUCCGCGUACCGUCUCUGGAGGCGUAACUGGCGUGGGAAAGGAAGAGAAUACACCGCCGGUGCGCUUGUGUGGCAGAUCAACGACUGCUGGCCCGUGACAUCGUGGGCCAUCGUGGACUACUUCCUGCGUCCGAAGCCUGCGUACUUUGCGAUCAAGCGCGAGCUUCGUCCCUUUACAGUUGGCAUGACCCGCAAGGAGAAGAAGACAUUUGCAGACGACCUGACUGCCGCGUUUUUCACUAUCGAAACCGUCCUUGAGAUCUGGGGCACAAACAGUACGCUGGUUGAGAAGACGGCCACCCUUGAGGUCAUCGCAUUCGACCUGCACUCGGACUGGCGACAGAAGUUCAUCCAGGCGGUAACGCUAGCUCCCAAUUCAAGCACGGAACUGUAUGUGGGGGAGCUUCCUGGACAGCCCACCAGGACCAAGUUGAGUGAGGUGCCCAAGACCAUCGUCGUCUCCGCACGUCUUCUGGAUGGCUCUGGCACCGUUCUUGCGCGAUACUCCAAUUGGCCCGAACCAUACAAAUUCAUCAGUUUUCCCGAAAUUAAAGACCUCGGUUUCGAGAUAACUGUGCUUCCGGAUGGCGAAUCCGUAGAGUUGUCGACUAAGAAGCCGAUUAAAGGCAUCGUGCUCGACGUCGAAGGAGAAGAUGCACGGUGGAGCGACCAGGCUAUUGAUCUUGUGCCAGAUGACCCACAGGUGGUCAAGGUCGUGGGAUUGAAGGGCAGAGAGGUCAAGGCGAGGUUCCUCGGAGAUGGGGUAGCCUGA